CUCAUUUUGAAAAGAAGCCCCCUCUUUACUUUGCAGAAGUAGUCUUGAAAGAAGCCCAUCUCGAAAAGUAGCCCACCUCGAGGAGAACCCCAUCCAAAAAGAAGAAGCCCAGGGCUUCAAUUCAAGGUUUUACGGUGGGCUACCAGUAUGUCCAAUCUAUGUUGAUGGUAGUAAUGCUGUGAAUGAGGAAGUGCCAAAAUGAAAAAGAAUUGCAUCCACAAUUGUGUACUCUGCAUGGAGUUUUCAUUUUAUAUUCUUGUUUUUAUGUCAGUGAUAAGCACCGUCUAUCUAUACUUCUUCUUUGAGAGUCCUAAAAUCUUCUAUCAAAAACAACGGACAAAUAUCGAUUCUGUUCAGGUGUUUCCUAUGACCUUUGAGUUAGACAGAGUUAACAUACUUCCAGAUGAGGUCACUAAUGACUACACACAGGUAUAUUGCCCAGGAAACUCCCGGCCAAGAAAACGUCGUCAUACCUCACCCAACAAACAUAUACGUGACUGGAGUAUUGAAAAUGCAACCAGCCAUCUUGCGUCUUCCGCUUCAGUUGUAAAUCUGAACUCUGAAAGAAGUUUUCAUUUGUGUGAUGAAAUUGUUGUUCAUAUUGAAGCCCGCAACUUGUACGGCAAGCCUAAAAAAUAUGGUGGGGAUUAUUUUCGUGCAAAUAUUUAUUCUUUAUCAGAGGCUGCGAGUGCAAGUCCGAAUGGUGACGUUAUUGAUAACCAGGAUGGAACGUACACUGCAUAUUUUACAGCAUGGUGGCCCGGCACUGUAAUUGUACAGGUCACUCUGGUUCAUUCCAGUGAGGUCGUGCAGUUAAUUAAAGAUGUGCGUGAAAGACACCCUCAACGAUUUGUUUAUUUUGGGAUGUAUGCAACACCCGAGUUUGACAUUCAUGAAGUGACCAGGUGUCAUGUACAUAUUGAGGCUGAAAAGGUUUGUAAUUUUACUGAUAAGAAGACUGGAUCACCUUGGUUCUGCGAAGCACCAACUAAUCCAUUAUUAAGUUGUUCAGAUUGGACGAUGCACACGACGAACAGCACUGUGGCCAAGCAGGUUGCUGAUGGCCUAGUUACAUCAGAGCAGGCUAACCUCUUCAAAUUACAAUACAAAUUCCCAUUACAGUGUGUGGAUUAUUAUGCUAUUAUCAAGGAUGUUCCAGCUGAAAAGAAACUUAUUGCUAGGAAUUAUCUACCAAAAUGUAUUCCCGGUCUUCCACUAAAAAAACCAUCAGGGUAUUACCACAAUGAUGUAUGGUAUUCCAACAUCUGCCGCACCCAUCAAUUUACCAUCAAAGAGGCAGAGUCUUGUCUUCGUAACAAGGAUCUGAAGUUCUAUGGCGACUCAACACUACGACAGUGGUUUGAGUUUCUUACCGCAAAACUCAGUCACACCAUAGAAACCACAGAUGUACUUUACUACAUGAAAGUUGGCCCUAGAAAAGCAUUUGACUCUUCUCGAAAUAUAUCUCUUUAUUACAUACAUCAUGCGUACCCAAUAAGAAACAGUUGGAUGUACAUCAACGAAAUUGUUUAUGCGGCAAAUGCAAUUGAUGCGCUUCCUGCUUCUCCAAACAUUGUUAUUUGUCUCUCCUUAUGGGCACAUUUUACUGCAACAAGUAUCGAUUAUUAUCGAUCGCGUCUGCUUACAAUACGAGCUGCAAUUGAGCGGUAUCUGGCCCGUAGUCCAAGUAGUUUAUUUGUUAUCAAAAGUGCAAAUACGCGUGAACAUCCAAACCUUUCCAUGAGUUUGUACACAAGUGAUUGGUUAGCAGAAGAACUGGAUCAAGAAAUGCGAGAUAUAUUCUCUGGAUCUCCAAAUGUUGUCAUCAUAGACGUAUGGGACAUGACAGCGGGCCAUAUCUCAAAAGACAGGGUUCACCCACCAGAAAUUAUUAUAGCUAAUGAAAUUAAUAUAUUGUUAUCUUAUAUUUGCCCUCAGUAUGGAUAAAAGUACUUAAUCUUUAUAACCAGCCCUCUGAAGAAGGUUCUCAAGUGUAAGCUCAUCCACUAAUCGAAUGUACUGUACCUCAUAACAACAUUUUAUUGGUAAAUUCAAACGGUACACAGUACAAUAUUUUUUACUACUUCCCUGUUACAUAUUUACAUGUGGGAAAAGUACUAUCUGAUAUGUGAACUGAACUGUUUAAUUUUACCAUCAUAGAUUGAAAUGGCUAAUGUAGAUUGAAAAUUUGUUGUUCAAUAUUUAUGAGGUUAUAGUACAACAAAUUCAACAUGGUAUUAUUUUGGUAAAGUAGUGAAUUUGUACAGUACUUCCCUGUGUGUCGUCCAACACCUCGGAAAGUAGAAUUCACUACUUCAUUUCACAACAUGUUGUAUUUGUAUAAAUACUAUGAUAUGAUCUUCUACUGGCAAAUAGUUUCAGGUAUUUGUUUGUUUCAACUUAAAUAUAUACAGCAAUAUAAUUAUUAAUGUUACAUUUUGUGAGAAAAUUAAAGAUUGUGCUAUAUGUGAUUUUAACCAAAACAUUUAAAAAUAUAUAUUUAAUUUUUUGACAUUCUACUUUGAAAGAGAAAAUGUUUUCAUUGCUAAGGCGAGACUUUUUUUAUACUUUGUUUAGCGAACCCGCUGACUGCAAAUAUUGAUG